CGGAAAUGUUUUCUGCGUAGCGUCUUGUGAACCCCGCUUCCGUUGGAUUCGGUUCCUAUUGAUUUUAUACAUAGUUUCACAACUGAAAAAUCUAAUUGUUUACUUCAAUUUAUCAAAAACAAAUAUCAUCGUUGACGAAGGUCCUGCAAAAUCGAAGAAUUGAUCACAAUCACCAUUUGGAAAAAUGAACGCUGACGGUUGUACACGAGUCUACGUUGGUGGUCUAAAUGAAUCAAUAAAGAAGGAAGAUCUACAAAAUGAAUUUGAAAAAUUUGGCAAAUUAAAAAAAGUUUGGGUGGCGUUCAAUCCUCCUGGAUUUGCAUUCAUUGAAUUCAUGAAUAUGGAUGAGGCAGAAAUGGCCUGCAACAGUAUGAAUGGCUCUGAGAUAUGUGGUGCCAAAUUGCGUGUUGAAAUAUCACGUGGUCGUGGCCGCGGUGGCCGUGGCGGUUCAGGCUAUCGUGGUGGUUCACGAUUUAAUUCACGGGGUGGAAGCGGCGGUGGUUAUCGUGGUAGCAGCGGUGGUUAUGGCGAUCAAAGUGGUGGUGGAUAUUAUGCAGGCAGAGGUGGUGCCAAUAGGUCACGAAGUCGCUAUGGAGAUGAUUAUUCAAAUAGUGGUUAUUCCACUCGCGAUCCCUAUUCACAAGACAGCUAUGGAGCAGGCAGCGGUGCCAACAAUGACUACUACAAGGACUCAGGUUCCUCGAGGUAUCGCAGCCGAUCCCCUGCUGGACGUAGCAGGUACAACAGUAACCUAAUCACUGUAAAAUUGCUCUAAUUCUCAAAAAAAACCUUCGCGUUAAAUAUUUCACUAUUCUCUCAUUUUGAUACACCCGCAAAAAAAAAAAUAAUAAUAAUAAUUCAAGAACAUCAUCGAUUAUACGCGACCCUUCGAAGCCAUUUUUUUUUUUAAAUUGAAAAAAAGUUAAUACCACCUUAAAAUCAUCUGUUUCUAUUUCUCUCUCUCUCUCUCUCUCUCUAAUUAUAAAAACAGUUUAUAUUUUAAUGUCCCUUGUAAUGCAAAUUACUUUUUAAGAAGGGGAAUUUUUUUUUUAUUUCUUUUUUUUUUUUGAGCAUUACGAGAGAUGUCCCUCCCCCAUUCCCUUUAUAUGCAUGGAAAAUAAAGACACUUUGACAACCAACUCGCGGCACACUUUUCCGCCAGCUGGGGCGGUUUAAACAAUUCCUGCAAGACUGACGAAAUAAUGUGAAAAACUAUUUUGCCCUUCCAUGUUCACAGUCAUCGUCAUCUGCGCGAAUGCACGUAAAACAACUAGAAUGCUACGUUCCCAAUCUGAAGUGCGGGACCAAUCAACCCCGCGCCUAGAUGACUACUCUGUCCAAUCUUCACAGCAACGUGUACAUAAUUAUUUUUUUUUUCUCUCUAUUAACUACUUAUUUACUAAUUGUCGAUUAUGAAAACAAAAAAAAAACAAAAAAAAAAUGAUUUCUAUACCCAAUUGUAUUGCCGCAAAAAAAAAAAAGAAAAAUAAUCUGGUUUACAGGCUGCUCACGUUGCCAAAAAGAAAAUUUUGUCCCAUUACACACAAUUCUAAUAAAAAAAAAAAAAAUUAAUAAUAUGAAAUUUCCUUAAAUUGAAAUACGAUUUUUUUCUUUAUUGGGAAAAUUGUUUGUUCGAAAAUAAAAUUUCUCCUUCUUGCAAGGAAGAAAUCCAAAUUAAAAAGAAAAUUUAUAUUCGAAAAAAAAUUAUUUUUCAAAUAAACAAAAUUUCUUCCAAAGAAAAUUUGUUUCUAAACUUUCGAAAACAAAGAAAACAUUUUUUUUUUCUACAGCAAAAACGAAUGAAUUUUCUCGAAUUAAAAUUCGUUUCAAAUAAAAUUUUCUAAAUUAAUUUCAAAAAGUCAAAAAAAUUAUUUUUGCAAAAAAAAAAUAUAUCACUUUUUUUUUUCGCAAAAAUGUCGGAAAAAUUACAAUUUUUUAAACAAACUUUUUCCCACAUUAGAAAAUAAUACCAUUUUUUUUUCAAUUUAAACAUUUUCCUAAAAAAAUUCACUUCUUUUUUUUCUCUCUCAUAAUAAUAAUAAUAAUAAUAAUAAUAAUAAUAAUAAUAAUAAAAACACAUUCCAUCAAAAAUUGGAAUGGGAACAAAAAAACUUUUUUUUAGAAAAACAAAAGUUCAGACUUUUUUAUACAAAAUAAAAAUCUUAGCGCUACGUGCAAUCUGUAGGCCACAAUUAUGCAUUUAAACAAAAAAAAAAAAAAAAAAAAAAAAUAUUAUCUGGAAAAAAUAGAAAAAUGAUAAAGGAAAAAAAAAAAAAAUGUGUGUGAAAAAUAUUAAAAACAGACUUUUGAAAUUUGUUCCCCCCCCCUUUUUUUCUCAUAAACAAUUAUCAUCGCAAUGAAUUACGUUUAUCUUUAGAAAACAACGAUAUUUUAUUUACAAAAAAAAAAAAGAAAGAAAAA